GGAAUCCUGAAUGCCUCCUAAAUUAGUCUUGCUAAGACUUUUGUGGAACAAAACGGAAAUUACAAAGGGACUGGACUUUUGAUAUGAACUCCAAACAUGGACCAAACAAAGAAUCCUAACAGGUAUAAAUGAUUGUAUAUUAUUCUUUCAGUGUGCUAAAAUCAACAGGGACUUAUUGGACCAAAAUACUCUAAAUGCAUUUGAUUAUUGUAUAGAUUAGCAAAAUGCUUGUGAUUAUAACGGGAGUGAAGGGAAGGUGGAAACAGGUACCAUAUAUUGCAGGGCCCCCAGGAGGCUGUGCUAUAUUUCUUGGUACUCUUUCUGUACAAGGAGGGUCCUACUGUGCUCAGUGGAACUUAGUCCCAUGCAAGCAUGCAUAGGAGUUGCAGCCAGGCCCCAGAUAGGGCAGCAUUUCACCAUCACUUCAGCAAUUCCCCGAGAUGCAGAAGUUAGGCUUUUUUGCAUAGGAAGGAAUCACACCCAUUCACUUGGAUUGGAGAAAGUAUACACCUGUAUUCUGUAGGGUGGCCAGAUGCAACAGAUGACAGGGCUUCCUCACCUUUGUGUUGCUGAUGUUGUUGUUUAGUCAUUUAGUUGUGUCCGACUCUUCGUGACCCCAUGGACCAGAGCACGCCAGGCACUCCUGUCUUCCACUGCCUCCCGCAGUUUGGUCAAACUCAUGCUGGUAGCUUCAAGAACACUAUCCAACCAUCUCGUCCUCUGUUGUCCCCUUCUCCUUGUGCCCACCAUCUUUCCCAACAUCAGGGUCUUUUCCAGGGAGUCUUCUCUGAGGUGGCCAAAGUAUUGGAGUCUCAGCUUCACAAUCUGUCCUUCCAGUGAGCACUCAGGGCUGAUUUCCUUCAGAAUGGAGAGGUUUGAUCUUCUUGCAGUCCAUGGGACUCUCAAGAGUCUCCUUCAGCACCAUAAUUCAAAAGCAUCAAUUCUUUGGCGACCAGCCUUCUUUAUGGUCCAGCUGUCACUUCCAUACAUCACUACUGGGAAAACCAUAGCUUUAACUAUACGGACCUUUGUUGGCAAGGUGAUGUCUCUGCUUUUUAAGAUGCUGUCUAGGUUUGUCAUGGCUUUUCUCCCAAGAAGCAGGCGUCUUUUAAUUUCGUGGUUGCUGUCACCAUCUGCAGUGAUCAUGGAGCCCAAGAAAGUAAAAUCUCUCACUGCCUCCAUUUCUUCCCCUUCUAUUUGCCAGGAGGUGAUGGGACCAGUGAUCUUCGUUUUUUUUAUGUUGAGCUUCAAACCAUAUUUUGCACUUUCCUCUUUCACCCUCAUUAAAAGGUUCUUUAAUUCCUCCUCACUUUCUGCCGUCAAGGUUGUGUCAUCUGCAUACCUGAGGUUGUUGAUAUCUGAUAGGGGCAUGCAAUUUACACUUGCUGAAAUCCCCACUUUUGCAUGACUAUUAAAACUACAGGAGCCCAGCCCUCUUUUGCAGCUGACCAUGCUAGCACUCAGGGACAAGAAUGGGGUAGGAAGUAAACCCUUAUUGCUAGUGAUAAUAGUUUCUUGUAGGACAGCAUGAUUUGUCUGGGGGCGGGGGGGUGGGAAUCACAGCCUGUUUGCUUUGACACACAGAACUCAAAGGAUGAAAUUGGGAGAUUUCAGGAUCCAAAACUUGGGCAUCGCUGACGAAAGCAGCGAUGCAUAUUACAGAUACUUAGAAUUUUAUUUUCUUUAUCCAAACCUUACCAUGUAAAGGCUGUAGAAAACAGGUGGCACAAGUUAUAACAUGACUGGCACAACAGGCUGGUGUACUAUGGUGCUGAAACUGCACACCUCGCCUGACUCAGCAAUGAAUUAAUUCUUUGCAGUACUUCCUGUUUGUGCCACACGUAAGGACCUUUGGGCUCUUGUUCUAAUCUUUGGGUCACCAACUUGCUCUUUUGUAAGGUCCCAGUUUCCCCUAGUUCUCCCCUUUCAAUAGGGCAUCAAGCAAUGUUUGCUGAACCUUGUCUUUCCAGAUCAGAACCUGAAAUCACAAUCCUGAAAAUCCAUAUCUGUUCCGAUUCUCUGUCAAAUAUUGUCCAUCUCCUUCUUAAAAUCAGAAGCUGCUAAUUAGGAUAAAGGUCACACCCACACCAUAAAUUUAAAGCACAUUUAGAGCACACGUCUCUAAAAAAGAAUUGUGGGAACUGUAGUUCCUUAACAGUGUUGGGAACUGUUGCUCUGUGGUGACAGUCUACUGUUUCCAGGAUUCUUUGGGGAAAACCAUGUGCUGGAAAUGUGCUUUCAGUGUAUGGUAUGCAUGUGACCAGAGUUUAAGUUGUCUUCUUUUCUAAUGACGUUGUGCUUGUUUCUGUCCCCACUUUAGACCAUACAUCCAGACAAUGCUAAUACUUCUAAUACUUUCUCCAUUGGUAAGGGGAGCAUCUCUGCAGAGAACCACCAGCUCUGCUCCAAGGCUUUUUCUGCCAGGAUGGGUUCCUAAUGCUUGUACAUUAGUUAUAUGUGCAUCUGCUGAGACCAGACCAAAAGGAGAAGAGGGAGAUCAAGGUACCAGAACAUUUAUGGGGAGGGUGCACUCUCUUUUUGUGCACUUUGGGGUAAAUAUGGGGUACAUAACUUCUAUAUAAGCUUGAUCCACUCUGUUCUCAUAUACAAGCUUGGAGCAAGUAUGUGUGGGCUCUUUUUUUAGCUAACAACAAUAGAUCAAAGCCCCUGUGACAGGAAAUGGGGGACAGGACAGCUUCCUGUUCCUUAUAGCAGCAAUGUCAGGAAGAACUAUUUUAUGGUAAUAUAGUAUUUCAUAAGGCUAUAAUAUCUAACUACUGUAAUUUAGGUAAACCACAGGCUACUUCAUCACAUGCACUAAAAUAAAACAAAGACACAUAAAGGUAAAGGUAAAGGGACCCCUGACCAUUAGGUCCAGUCGUGGACAACUCUGGGGUUGCGGCGGUCAUCUCACUUUAUUGGCCGAGGGAGCUGGCGUACAGCUUCCGGGCCAUGUGGCCAGCAUGACUAAGCCACUUCUGGCGAACCAGAGCAGUGUACGGAAACGCCAUUUACCUUCCCGCCGGAGCAGUACCUAUUUAUCUACUUGCGCUUUGACGUGCUUUCGAACUCCUAGGUUGGCAGGAGCAGGGACCGAGCAACGGGAGCUCGCCCCGUCGUGGGGAUUUGAACUGCUGACCUUCUGAUCGGCAAGCCCUAGGCUCUGUGGUGUAGUGCUACUGUAAUUUAUGUAAGCCACAGGCUACUUCAUCACAUGCACUAAAAUCAGACAAAGACACAUAUAGCAGAUCAAAUAAGCGAAAAGCUCCUGCCACAAUGCUCAAGCUGGUGUUUAACAUGCUACAGAAGGGUUGAGGUACUUGCAGCCCACUGAUUAAAUGCAACCCACCAGUCUUCUCAGUCCACCUUGCCAGGCCCUACCCAGGUCCUGCCCCUCGCCGUAUUCUGUGCACUCGAGUGUCCUUUGCUCAGGCUAGCAAAGGGUACCAGGCUUCUGAUAUUGGACUAGGGAAGUCAAGGGAUAGCUGGAUAGUUGGUAGCUAUCCCAACUGAUGGAUUGCUCCAUUGGUUAGAGCAUGGUGCUGAUAACGCCAGCUUUGCAAGUUUGAUCCCCAAUAUGAGACAGCUGCAUAUUCCUGCAUUGCAGGGGGUUGGUCCUCAGGGUCCCUUCCAACUCUUCUGUGAUCUAUGAACACUGCACCAAUCUGCUUUCUUGGUGGCUGGUACUGGAGCCAAUCAGACUGGCAAAGCAGGAAGAGGCUGGUCUGCUUCACAGCUCCCUACAUCUCUGUGGCCCUUCCACAGAUAGAACUAAUAAAUGCCUGAAUAUGGAGGACUAUGGUAUCAGCACUUAACUAACGGACAAUAGUAUAGGAGCCAAAGAACUCUGAGGCACAAUUCUCAAGUAAAAUCUCAUUGGAGACAAGGUGACUGUUCUGACAAAAGAGUGUGGAGUACUGUCUACGUAACCUCAAAUGAUAGGCACUAUAAAACAGAGUUGUUGUUGUUUUUAAGUCGCAUAUCAGUUAACUGAUUUGGGCCUCCGUUAUAGGAUUACCAAGACCUCAAGGACUACAGGGUCCAGCAGGACCAACUGGCAUUCCUGGUUCAGAAGGAGAUAAAGGCUCUAUAGGUGGAAAGGAAUCAAGUGGAAACAGUAAUCUUCCAGGUAAAAGCUGUUGUUGUCAAUUAUUAUUAUUAUUAUCAGCAGCAGCAGGAACAGGAACACAGCUAGGCACUGUACAAAAAUAAAAAAUUAUAUGGGCCCUACCAGAGAUUUAUAAUCUAAAGGGGGGGGGUAAACUUUUUUCCCCCCUCAAUGUGCAAAGUACCAGGAGGACAAAGAUUAUGACAACGAUUCAUUCUGACUGCUCUUUUUCAGUAUACAAAGCAUUUGACAGCAUUUUGUUCAUUUAUUAUCAGAAUAACCCGGUGAGGUAGGCAAGGGUGAGAGCUAGUAGUUCAUCCGAUAUCAAUUGCAUUGUUUGACGUCCUAAUGUUUUUAUUUGGUCAAAGUGAAAUGUGUCACUGUAUAACACAUAACUGGCACAUAAUCAGCAAGAAAAGUAUUAACAUAAUUACAAUUGCUCCAAUCAAAUAGAUUGGAAGAAAGUGUUUUCUUCUACAAUGUGCAAGUAUAUUGAGGAUCAAAUUUCAAAACCGCCUCAUAUUGAGAUUAGCAAAAAAGUGAUACAAAGACUUGAAGUUUAGGCCAAAAGUCCACAGACACUUCUCAAAGUCAAGAAGUGAGGAAGAAAUAUAUCCCUUUGGUUUCUGGGCCAGUCAUAACUCCAUGAGGGACAAAGAUGCUCUCUGCUUCUGAAUCAACUCUCUUCCUCUAAAAAAUAAAAUGCCUCUGUAUGGUUUCUACCAGUGCUAUUUUUCUUGAAAAAGAAGUGUCAGAACUCACCAUGAACGCCUCCCUUGUUCUCUUAUAUUGGCAAUGGCACCCACCUGAGAGGUGUUGGAACUGAGUUCCUGCAAGUUCCGGCAAGUUCCAGCUGGGGUGAGGAGCCCUGAUUACUACUAAUCUGGUGUGCACAUGUGGACAUUUCUCACUUAGGGGUUCUGGAGGGCAGUUGUCAGCUUUCUUCCCCCGAUGUGGUGAUGUCAGUGUGUGCAAAAAGAGAAGCCACAUCCAAAUACUGACCACCCCUAUCGUUCUGCCCAGACACUGAGGUCCAGUGCCGAGGGCCUUCUGGCAGUUCCCUCACUGCGAGAAGCCAAGUUACAGGGAACCAGGCAGAGGGCCUUCUUGGUAGUGGCGCCUUCCCUGUGGAACGACCUCCCACCAGAUGUCAAAGAGAACAACAACUACCAGACUUUUAGAUGCCAUCUGUUUAGGGAAGCUUUUAAUGUUUAAUAGACUAUUUUUUUUAAUAUUUUGUUGGAAGCUGCCCAGAGUGGCUGGGGAAACCCAGCCAGAUGGGUGAGGUAUAAAUAAACUAUUAUUAUUAUUAUUAUUAUUAUUAUUAUUAUUAUUAUUAGUGCAAUCUUAAGAGCCAACACACAGGGCUACUGGUCCUUAGACAGUAGCACUUUCUGAGCUCUGGGAGAAAAGAAACUCUACAGCAGACACUGUCCCAAUCCUAAGAGGAAAACCCCUUGGCAGUUUUUCUGAGUCCUCUCCCUUCCCCUUUCCCCAGAGGGCUUCAGCUGGACCUACUAUUGUCCUGUUGCAAGGCAAAAACUUGCAUAGCCUCUCCACAAAAACCUCUUUCUCUUCCCAAAGUUGGCCGCACAAAUCUGUCACUUUCAAUUAUUAACAUGAGGUUAUUUUAAUUCCAUCUCCAAACAAGAGGGCAUUUAGUUCAACUUGCCAUCCAGGAAGUUAACAAAAUUUGCACCUGAAGAAAAAUUUCCAAGUGAACCAGCCAAGAUGAGUGAGCUCAAAAACUAUUUGUAUUACAUUUCCUUCCUACAGAAGGCAGAACAGGAGAGAAAUACUGAACAUUGGAAAACAGAAUAGCUAUUGUUUCUGUUGGCAAACGCCCUUCGACUUCUUUAAAGAGGAGGAAGUUUAUUCUGCUUCUUGUGUACAGUAAAAAAAUAUUUGAAUAACCUAAAAGAAUGAGCAACUGAGGACCACUUGGCACAUUAUAGUUUUACAGUAGGUGCACUGUUCUCAAAUGAGGGACUCUGCGCCAGCUCUGUAGCUACAUGAAAGCUUGGCCAUAGAUUGUUAUCCAUACAUAUUUUGAAAAAGUUCACUUCCGGAAUUUGCAGUUGAUCAGGAAAUCUAAUGCAACUAUUUUCUCAUUCAGAGCUGGAAAGCCUUAAAACACAAAUAAGAGGCUUGGAAACAGAGUUGGAGGGUUUGAAAUCUGCCAUCACCAAAACUCAAAAAGGUAAGAAAAGGAAAUUAUUGUUUGCUUUUGUUCAAAUAGGCUGAUAUAGCUUCAAGUUGACUAUUUCCCCCAAAAAUAUUUUAUUAAAGUUUUCAUGAUACAGUAAAAUAAUGCCUAGAACAAAUAGGAUCAGAAAGACAAAAUUAAAAGAGAAAAGAACAAGAAAAGUUAAAGGGAAAAAGCGGAACCAGAUAGAUAAGGAACAUUAAUAAUUUCAAUAAUCAUAAUCGUAAUAAAAAAUAAAAUUAUAUAUAUCUAGCCCUCUGUCAUAAUUAUACCUUAAUCUUCACCUACAAAGAAUGAGUCUUCUCACCUCUUGCCGUCUCAAGUUUACCGUUGAUGAAAUUUGAGUUCACAAAAGUGAUGGGGAACCCGUGGCCGAUGGCUACCAAUAUGUUGUGCAACCACUACUCCCAUCCUCUCCUCUGCUUUAAACCAGGCUGAGAACCUUUCUCCUUCCACUGAAAUAUAAAAUGCUGCCCGCACCAUCAAUGCACCUGGCGUUUUACAGUAUUAGAUUGAAAGCCUUGCAAUCUUGUCUCUUUCUAGUUCUCCUUGCCCCCAACGGCGUGAUGGUUGGCGAGAAGGUAUUCAAAACAGAUGGAUCCAGAGGUGAUUAUCAUGCUGCGCGUGAGACCUGCUUGCGCAUGGGUGGCGCACUUGCCUCCCCAAGGAAUGUGGCAGAGAACAGCGCCCUGCAAAAAAUAGUGACCUGGUAUAACAAAAGAGCAGUCCUUGGGAUCAAUGACAUGGCGACAGAAGGCAGGUUUGAGUACCUGAAUGGCGACGUCAUUGGGUACUCUAACUGGGCCCCAGGAGAACCAAAUAAUCUUGGCAACGAGGACUGUGUAGAAAUGCAUCAAGAUGGCAAAUGGCAUGACAGAGGCUGCAUACUUGAGUGGUUAGUCAUUUGUGAAUUCUAAAAUCAGGAGGUGCAGGGGUGGCCAUGUUUGUGAGGUGAAGGAAUAGUUUGUUCUAAUUCUUUCAAAAUUCAGUACCCCUCUAGCUUGAACAGUAAGUUGCGCAAGUGAUAUUCAAGAUGCUACUUUCCUUUACCUGACUGUGUGCAGAAAGAAUAUGGCAAAUUUAAUGUGAGGCUUGUGAUUUCUAGUAAAGCAUGUCCAAGAAUAAAAAAUACAUGCUAUGAGUACACAGACAUUCAGGCAACAUCCAUCCCCAUGGUAACAACAAGGAAACUACACUGGAACGCCCACAUGCCUUUUCAACCAGUCCCAAAAAUGCAAAACUGCCAUUUUCUUCUCUAUAGCCCAAUUCAAGGAAUUGUUCCUCACCUGCACAAGAACAUAUAACAAAGGCUACUCCAGCUCAGACCAUGGCGUAACUUCAUAAGGCGCUCAAGGAAUCAUACCAGUGAUUCUAGUAUUCGGAUUCAGGAACGUUGCUCUCUGUACCAGCACAGGAGCAUGCUGAAGAAAGAAAUAGCAGAGCAACAACACUCACCAUCAUUUCAGGUGGUCAGCGGUAAUUGUAGCUACCAACACAAGAGGCCAAAAGACUUCCAGUUGAUCCCAUAAGGCUACUUACUCUGACAUUUAUUCCAGGUUUGUGCUAUUUGUUUCUCGGACAUUGGUUGGGUUGUUCCAGAAGUAGCUAUCUCUUGUUGUCUUUCUUUCUUUCUUUCUUUCUUUCUUUCUUUCUUUCUUUCAAGUAAUUUUUAUUGGAAUUUUAUUUACAACAUAACUUAAAUCCCCCCACCCCCCAAUACACAAUCCACCCUCUUUAAACGUGAACAUAACAUACAGUGAGCAUAACAUACAAUACAAACAACGAAAUAAAAGACUUCCUUUAUCCUG